GAGCUGGCAUCACUGCCAGAGACCCAAACAUUUAGUUCUCUUGUUCGGUUUACUGCGGCGCACUUAAAGAAGUUGAUUCUGAUUCGGCCUUUGCUGCAGUGCAUCGCCACACCAGCCCGCAUCCACCACAUCCCAAUCGCGAUGUCGCGGGUUUAUCUGCUGCCGGUGGCCACGUUCCUGGUCUUCCAGGUGACCUUUAUUGGCACGUACAUUUUCGCCGUGCUGGAGGGACAUGUGGUGCCCACGGUUCCCUACAUUAGCGAUGCAGCGACAUAUUCUCCGGAGAGCUGUGUGUUCGGGCAGCUAAUCAACAUAGGCAGUGUUCUGCUGGGAAUCACCAUAUACGUGCGCUACCGCCAUGUGCUGCAGCUCUACGAACACCACCCGGAUCUGGACGCCUCGGUACUCCGCCAGAACCGCCUGGCGCUGUGGUUCGGACUGGUGUCCUGCCUGGGCAUCAGCUUCGUGGGCAACUUCCAGGAGACGAACGUGCGGAUUGUGCAUUUCAUCGGGGCCUUCUGCUGCUUCGGAUGCGGCACCUUGUACUUCUGGAUGCAGGCGCUCAUCUCCUACCUGAUCUUCCCCAUGUCGGGCACCCGCAUUUACGCCCACCUGCGGCUGGGCAUGUCCGUGGUCUGCACCAUCCUGUUCAUCCUGCUGGCGGUGACCGGGGUGAUGUCGCACAUCCUGUUCAAGGGACAGAAUCCGCGGAAGUGGUAUCCCUCGGACGGCGGCUGGUACUUCCACGUGGUCAGCUCCAUUUCGGAGUGGAUCAUUGCAACCAUCUUCAGCUUCUUUAUCCUCUCCUUCACGCAGGAGUUCCGCGACGUGUCGCUGUCGCAUCCCCAGAUCGCCCUGAUGUCCUACACGGCCACCAUUUAGAGAUUAGCCUGCUAGUUUUAGAGUAGAGAUCUUGGGCUGGAUUAGCCGGCGAUCCCUUGUCCAGCUUCAACAUUCUGCAUGUAUACUCCUCGAGGAUGAUGCGUUUGUCCGGGAGUGGUGCACUGCGACCGCUCGACUGCCUUCCUUCUCUUUCUUUCUCCUGCUCUUUCUCUGUCGGAUUGCUGUGAUAUGUGCAAAGUGCUCCAAAAGGAUUGGGAGCGGGUCGGCCCGAAUGGCAGGCAGGUGCUUGAUUGAGGAGUUAAAUUUAUUGAUUACCCGAGUUCGUUCUUACAUUACACAUUAAAAUUACUAAAUCGAACUAAUCGGUUGAAAUGAUCUGUAAAUCUGUAAAAUACAAAGCAAUGAAAUGAAAAGAAAAGAAAA